GAGGUGGAUUGGAAAUUGACCCUGGAAAUGCUCUCACCCACUAAGAUAACCUCCCCUCACACAGAUCAUCAAGACCACAGGAACAGAACUUUCCGUAUUAAGACAUGGAUUAAGGAACACCCAACCAUGGCUAAACUCAAUACCAGACUACCAGAG